AUUUUGCCUAAACGUCCAUUUCUUAUUAGAUUGUAUAAAAAGUAAAUGCAGUUUCAAUAGUACUACCACUUUUGUUCUACAUAAUUAUCAUACCUAUUUCACUUUAACAUUUAAAAUAUCCACCCUUCUUUAUUUUUGUGCUUAGGAUUACGGUCCAGUAAAAACUAAACAAUGCCAAAAAAUAAGAAGAAGGAAAUGAGUUCUAGCAGCGACAGCGACGAUGGACCUGUUGAUAGAAAUCCUCCACCAGAGAAAAAAGCCAAAACAAGUUCAAGAACAGAUGACAAAGAGCCAACUUGGGUUUUACAAGGGAAGAAGUUGGUGAAAGUCAGAGAAUUUAAAGGCAAAGUUUACAUUGAUGUACGUGAAUUCUAUGAGAAGAAUGGUGAAUUAUUACCAGGGAAGAAGGGCAUUAGUUUAACUCAGGAGCAGUGGAGAAAGCUAUUGUCUCUAAGUGAUGAAAUAAAUGACACAGUCAGCACUAUGUGUUAAGUCAAAAUGUAUGUUAUUCUGAAA